GCACAAUGAGACAGCUCUGAGCGCCGGAAGUGGGGCCGAAGGAAAACACGGAGAGAGAGCCCAGCCGGGACAGGAAGAGGCGGGGGACCUCGGCGGAGGUGGUGUGAGCGCUUCGGAACGCCUUCUCCCUGCCUCCCUCACAGACGCGCCGCCGGGCUGGGGCUCCGGUGGGUUUCCUGGUCUCCGGAGUCAGAGAUCGGGCCUGCCCUCGGAGGUGCAAAGUAAGAAAAUUGAAGUACAAGACCAUGGGAGAUGCAACAAAAUCUUACUUUGUGAAACGCACUAAGGACCGAGGAACUAUUGAUGAUGAAGAUUUCAGAAGGGGUCAUCCCCAACAAGAUUAUUUAAUAAUGGAUGAUUAUGCUAAAGGCCAUAGCAGUAAAAUGGAAAAGAGCCUUCCAAAAAAAAAGAUAACACCUGGGAACUAUGGGAAUACCCCUAGAAAAGGACCAUAUGCUGUUUCCAGCAAUCCAUAUGCAUUUAAAAACCCAAUUUACAGUCAACCUGCUUGGAUGAAUGACAACCACAAAGACCAAAGUAAAAGGUGGCUGUCCGAUGAACUUACUGGUAGUUCAGACAGUUGGAGGGAAUUCAAAAUUGCACCCAGAAUUCCUAUCAUGAGCCGACCAAGAAAAGACUCCUUUCAAGAAAGUGAUGAACGUUACAGGUGGCAAGAAGGAAGAGGCUGCAGAACUGUAAGACCACUGUUUCAUAAAGACUUAACAAGCCUAGACACCAUGUCAGAAUUGGAAGCAGGAAGUCCUGAAAACAAGAAGCAGCGGCCCAGACCUAGGAAGCCACGGAGGACUAGAAAUGAGGAAAAUGAGCAGGAUGGAGAGUUGGAAGGUCCUGUGAUUGACGAGUCUGUACUUUCAACAAAGGAGCUACUAGGCUUACAGCAAGCUGAGGAACGAUUAAAGAGGGACUGCAUUGACAGGCUGAAAAGGCGACCACGGAAUUGCCCUACAGCAAAGUACACCUGUAAGCUCUGUGAUGUUUUGAUUGAAUCCAUUGCAUUUGCCCAUAAGCAUAUCAAAGAGAAGAGGCAUAAGAAGAAUAUUAAGGAAAAACAAGAGGAAGAGUUGCUUACUACGUUACCCCCACCAACACCCUCCCAGAUAAAUUCAGUUGGCAUUGCCAUUGAAAAAGUGGUGCAGGAGUUUGGGUUACACAAUGAGAACUUGGAACAGAGGAUAGAGAUUAAAAGUACGAUGGGAAGGGUAUUCCACCAUAAAUUACCAGAUUGUUCUCUCAGAUUAUAUGGGUCUUCCUGUAGCCGACUGGGUUUCAAAAAUUCAGAUGUCAACAUUGACAUUGAAUUUCCAGCUACUAUGUCUCAACCAGAUGUCCUCUUACUUGUACAAGAAUGUUUAAAGAAUAGUGACUGCUUUAUUGAUGUUGAUGCAGAUUUCCAUGCUAGAGUGCCUGUGGUGGUAUGCAGAGAAAAGCAAAGUGGUCUUCUUUGUAAAGUGAGUGCAGGAAAUGAAAAUGCUUGUUUGACAACAAAGCACCUAACUACGCUUAGAAAACUGGAACCAAAGUUACUUCCUUUGGUUAUUGCCUUUAGAUACUGGGCAAAGCUUUGCAGUAUAGACCAACCAGAAGAAGGAGGCCUUCCACCAUAUGUAUUUGCCUUGAUGGUCAUUUUUUUCCUUCAACAAAGGAAAGAACCUCUUUUGCCAGUAUAUCUAGGAUCAUGGAUUGAAGGAUUUUCAUUAAACAAACUAGGCAAUUUCAAUCUUAAAGACAUUGAGAAUGACUUCGUGGUCUGGGAAUAUACUGAUAAUGCUACAGGGGACAUAAACACAGCGAAAGAAGAGACACCGAAAGAAAUGCCAGUUAAGAGGGGACAGGUGCCAUUAAUGUUUGAUACAAAACAUCAGCCUUCAGUGCCAGUUGGGCAGCUCUGGGUGGAAUUGCUGCGAUUCUAUGCUUUAGAAUUUAAUUUGGCUGAUUUAGUAAUAAGUAUUCGUGUCAAAGAAUCUAUAUCUCGGGAAUCAAAGGAUUGGCCCAAAAAAAGAAUUGCUAUUGAAGAUCCCUACUCUGUUAAAAGAAAUGUGGCAAGAACUCUAAAUAAUCAACCUGUGUUUCAAUAUAUACUUCAUUGUUUAAGGACAACAUAUAAAUAUUUUGCUCUUCCACACAAAGUUACAAAAUCCAGCCUUCCAAAGCCUCUAAGCCCUAAUACAUGCAUUUCAGAACAUUCUACAGAAACAACAAAUCAUGAUCCAGAUAUCCAAGCAAAAGAUGAUAAGCUCAAAAACUCAGAUUUGGCUCAAGGUCCUGGUGCUACUACCAUUUCAACUUCAAACACUUGUAAGGCACAGCCACUUACUCUAAAAGAGACUACUGAAAACUUUAAAAGCCCACCAGUGAAUAACAAAGAAAAUGUACAGUUCAGUGCCCACUUGGAAAAUUCAGGCCUUAAGCAGACAGAUGUAAAUAGUGAGAAAGUCACAAAACACCAUCAAAAAACAGGAAGUAAAAAUGAAAGAAAGAAAAUCAGAAGGACAAGCAAACAUCUGUUGACUACCAAUGAUCAAAAUUUAUGCAGUAACAAGCAUGGAGAUCUUUUAGCUUGCAAUAGCACACAUAAUUGCGAGACAGAUUGGGAUGUAGAAGACAUUGAAAAUCUUAAAACUGAAGAAGGGGGUGGAUUUGUUCCUUUAGAUGACAAUGCUGAUUUUGAUAGAAAGCAUAUAAAAAGUACCAAUGAUCGAGAAGACUUUAUAAACCACUUUGACCCUUCAGUCCAAGGCCAGGCAUCAGAAAUCAUUCACUUUAAUGAGGAAGAGGAGGAGGAAGAGGAACCUAGACUCAUCAUUAACCCAAAAGAAGAAGGUGAUGGCAUUGGCAAUGAAGAUGAGUUAGACAACACCUAUACUGGAUCAGGAGAUGAGGAUGCUUUAUCUGAAGAGGAUGAUGAAUUACUUGAUCCUUCUAAAUAUGAAGAUUUAAAAGACUGUGGAAAGCAUGUAGAUGGAACUCUACUCAUAGAGCUUAAUAACAUAAGUCUCAGAGAAGAAAAUAUAUGUGAGGAAAAUUCAUCUGUGGAUCUAUCUGAUUUCUUCUAUGAAUUUAGUAAACUUAUCUUCACCAAAGGCAAGUCUCCUACAGUCGUUUGCAGCUUAUGCAAACGAGAAGGUCAUCUAAAAAAGGACUGUCCAGAAGACUUCAAAAGAAUCCAGCUGGAACCUUUGCCACCACUAACACCCAAGUUUUCAAAUAUCUUGGAUCAAGUUUGCAUUCAGUGUUACAAGGAUUUUUCUCCAACUGUUUUAGAAGAUCAGGCUCGUGAGCAUAUUCGGCAAAAUUUAGAAAGUUUCAUAAAGCAGGAUUUUCCAGGAACUAAACUGAGUUUGUUUGGCUCCUCUAAAAAUGGAUUUGGUUUCAAACAGAGUGACCUUGAUGUCUGUAUGACAAUUAAUGGACAUGAAACUGCUGAGGGGUUGGACUGUGUGAGAACUAUUGAAGAAUUGGCAAGAGUCCUCAGAAAACAUUCAGGAUUAAGAAACAUCUUACCUAUUACAACAGCAAAAGUGCCAAUUGUGAAGUUUUUUCACUUGAGAAGUGGUCUGGAAGUGGAUAUCAGUUUGUAUAACACAUUGGCCCUUCAUAACACACGGCUUUUAUCUGCUUACUCAGCCAUUGAUCCCAGAGUGAAAUAUUUGUGCUAUACCAUGAAAGUAUUUACAAAGAUGUGCGAUAUUGGUGAUGCAUCUAGGGGUAGUUUAUCAUCAUAUGCAUACACUCUUAUGGUGCUGUAUUUCCUCCAGCAGAGGAAUCCACCAGUUAUUCCUGUCCUUCAAGAGAUAUACAAAGGUGAAAAGAAACCUGAAAUAUUUGUUGAUGGCUGGAAUAUUUAUUUUUUUGAUCAAAUAGAUGAGCUGCCUAACUAUUGGCCAGAAUAUGGAAAAAAUACAGAAUCUGUUGGGCAGCUAUGGCUGGGACUUCUUCGUUUCUAUACAGAGGAUUUUGAUUUUAAAGAACAUGUUAUUAGCAUCAGGAGAAAAAGUCUGCUUACUACUUUUAAGAAGCAGUGGACUUCAAAAUACAUUGUUAUUGAAGAUCCCUUUGAUUUGAAUCAUAAUCUUGGAGCUGGAUUAUCAAGGAAAAUGACAAAUUUUAUAAUGAAAGCUUUUAUCAAUGGUAGAAGAGUAUUUGGAAUUCCAGUCAAAGGAUUUCCAAAGGACUACCCUUCAAAAAUGGAGUACUUUUUUGAUCCAGAUGUACUAACUGAAGGAGAACUGGCCCCAAAUGAUAGAUGUUGCCGAAUUUGUGGGAAAAUUGGACACUUUAUGAAGGACUGUCCCAUGAGGAGAAAAGUGAGACGACGACGUGAUCAGGAAGAUGCCCUAAACCAAAGACACCCUGACAACAAAGAAAAAAGAAGCAAAGAAGACAAAGAAAUUCAAAACAAGUACACAGAAAGGGAGGUAUCAACAAAAGAAGAUAAACUCAUGCAGUGCACAGCUCAGAAAGCCAAGCCUAUGAGGGCAGCUGUUGACCUUGGGAGGGAGAAGAUUGUCAGGCCAUCAGUGGAAAAAUGGAAGAGACAAGAUGAUAAAGACUUAAGAGAAAAACGUUGUUUUAUUUGUGGAAGAGAAGGGCACAUUAAAAAGGAAUGCCCACAGUUUAAAGGCUCUUCAGGUGUGUCUAAGUCAGAUUGUGUGUUUGGAUCCCCUUCGUCUACCCCUUUGACAUCACCUGGUACAUUUGGUCAGGUAGUGCUUUUACAUGAAGACAAAAAGAAACAAAAAACAUCUAUAUUUUUGAGUCCCCAGUCAGGUAGCCUUUCCAGUAAAUACAUGACUCAGGGAAAAGCCUCCGCGAAGAGGACCCAGCAAGAAUCAUGAGGGAAGGAAAAUGCAGCGCUCUAAAUGGCCACUCAGGCAUCCCUAUCCACAUGGAAAAUUAGGUUCAUUUCACAGGACUUAGCAGCGUAGAUCAGGCUUCAACUUAACAUUCAAGGGAAAUGUUGGAUUUUUUUUUAAUUUAAUGAAAUUGUUAAUGAGGAAAAAAAUUUUAAUAUAAUCUCACCUACCAUCAAUCCCCAGAGAUUUACAGAUUUUAAUAGAAAGCCACGAUGUAUGUACUUAUGCCAAGUUAAAAGAAAAAUGUAACUACAGGCUAGUAUUCAGUGAAUACAGCUUCACAAUGUUUUAAAUUUUUUCAAAGCAUACUAAAAAGGGUGUGCUGAUAAAUUCCAAGUAAAUCAACCUUUUAUUUCCCCUAUGAAUCCCUUUUUUUGUUGUUUUGUUUUGAAGAGGGGAAGUUAUAUUUAUUGUUGUUUACUGAAUCCUUGUAUGGAAACAUAUGAACUAUAUGUGAACUGCUACUGCUGUACUUAAGAUCUGUAAAUGAUUUUAUUCUCUUUGUAGAAAUGGUGGCAACACAAAUGUGUAUCUCUGUGCACCCUAAGUGGGGCCCACUGCCACAGAGACAUCUCUGGAUGUUUCUCUUGCUAAUUGUAAGUCAAUUGACAUAAAACUCUACUAUACUCAUAAAAAAAUGAAGUCAGGAAAAUAAGUAGUCCUGUUUGCCAGUAAAAAGCAUUUUCAAGAGAAAAAUGAUAGAAUAAAAAAGUGCUUUUUACUUUUUAUAAUAUUCAGAAAUUAAGGUGGAGAGCUUUUCAAAACUUCUGAUGAAAAUAGAGGCCAUCUCUGCCAAUCAUAACUAGGUUGGUAUCAUUCUGGGUCUUAACUAGAGCCCUCUUGGAACUGUUUCUCUUAACUUCCACAAGCUUUUCUGAAAUACUACAUGAUCAGAACUAUGCCUCGGUUUAUUUAUCAUUUUGAAAUAAAAUCAAACUUUCAACCAGUA